UUCUCGGAAUAUUUGGUUUUUGUGACCCCCGGCCGGCAGUGAUGACCGGCCGCGUUGCGGCACUCGGCGCGCACUUUUCAGGUCGAGAGGGCGUCACGGCACUUUGCUGCAUGUUGCCAGGUCCGGACUCCGCAUGGAGGUCACUUGCAGCAAGCCUUUCUGGCAGGGCCGAUUUGGAACUCGUCAUCCCAGGGAUCCUACUGAGCAGCACCUUCCUCUUCAGGCUCACUCACGACGCAACAGACCGCUCGUUCAAGACACGAUUACUCUUUGACAUUGACGCAUGUCCUGAAAAAGGGAGCACUUCGUCUGCAGUCAUGGAGUUGUACGCAACCGGGUUCAAUGCCUGGAACCAAUUGCGAUUUGACAAUUCACAUGAUGCUGGUGAUGAAGAGCCCGAGGACAUCUCAAGCUUCACUUGCAUAUUGCGACAUGAGGCCAUCCAUCAGAUCCAUGCUUUCCUCUCAUACACGCGAGGUAAGUGACGACUCAUAAGCCUGCUGCGUCAUGCAACGUGUCGCUUCUCAAUGAUGCAAUAUGCUGGUUUGAGAGGACCAAGGUAGGUUGUCAAAUUCAGUUCACUGACUUGCUCACUUGGUGCUUAGCGACUUUGAACGAUGGUGCAACUCGGGUAGCCGGCAUGGUUCCGAGAAGUCAUGAAAGAAAUCGCCUACUCAACAGCAAAGCCUACAUACGUUUUCUUGAGGCAGCCAACGGUGUCGUAGUACGUAGGUAACUUGCUUGAAUGCAACUUCAUGGCUGUCCAUGUCACUCACUUCCACCUCUCCAGUCCGCCACACGGAGGACGGGCAGACCCUCU